GACGCGUUGAGCUCCGUGUCGACACGCGACGUGCUGCGUGUUGCGCAUCGGGGCAGCUAAGCUCUCACUCAGAGGCGACGAUAGGGGCGAAUAGCCCAGGGGGGAGCAAUAUUGCACGUAUCCAGGCGCGCCGAUGAUCCACGUCUUCGGCGAGGCUCCCCUGCGAGUGCGUGCAAUGCCCGCCCCUCGGCUGUUCGCCCUUGUUGUCCCCGCCGACUUACGCCUCCCCGACUUGGACUCAAGAGCUCCCGCCGUGAUGUUUUUGCCCUGCCGCGGCCUGCCCGCCGCGUCGGCUGCCGGGAGUGCUCCGCCCCGCUCUGCCUGGCCGUGCCGCGUGCCCGCCGGCAGGUGCCCGCCUCUCGACGGCAGGCCGUCGAGCAGUGGCGAGUCGCCCUGGCUCGCCCACAGGCCUGCCAGAGGAAGUUCUGAGAACCCUCUGUGGCCUCAGCGGCUCCACAUUUCUGGCCGGGGCCGCCGUGCUUGAACACAUCGGGCCCAUGUUCUGAGAGCGCUGCUGCUGCUCCUGCUACACUGCAGGGUUCUGAGAACGUUUCGUGGGAGACCUACAGGAAUGCUGGGACGGCCAGUCCCUGCUCAAGGCUGGCUCGUGCAACGCCAGAGCUGGCUGGUUCGGUGGUCGUUGCUCAAAAGGCCUGGAGCCUUUUCGGCGGCGCGCACAAGCCUCCCAGAUUGGCAACCGGCAACCAAAUUUUAUGUUUUUGCAGUUUUGCUUUCGUCUACGUCUGGCGCCGGCGCUGCCGCACGCUAACUUGGUCACGCUAGAAGACGCAAUGUAAGAAUCGGUAUCACACGCAGCCUCCCGCUUAUGCCGUGGCGGAAAAUGUGGAGGUGCAUGGCCAGGGCACGCUGACCGUACGUCGACGCCCAUCCUCGAAGAAGAAAUGUUGCAUACAUAGGU